AUGGUUAUUCUUAAUGAGACACGAUUUUUUAUUACUGUAGUUCAAGGCUGUGAAGGCUCAUUAUACCAACCUGGAUAUAUAUGUGAAGUUAAUGGUGCAUUUACAAAGGAUCAUCUAGAUAAUACAGGUCCAGGUUUCAAAUCAUCUUUUGUUUAUUUGAUUGGAGCCAAAAAAAUAAAAACUUAUUUGUUCAAGAAAUUAAUGAGAAGAACUCCAGUGUAA